CCAGUGCCACAUACUGAUUCAGCAUAGACUGGAGACCGAAACCUCCUUAGUUAGAAAGUCAAAAUCCCGCUCUUGGCUAACACCUUCAGCCUGUUUCUUUCGAUGUGGAGGAUUCGCCCUCGAUACGUUACUCUAGUACUGGUUAUCAUCCACCACCAUCUAGUGGGGUCCUUUAGGUCCGCAGUUAUUGACGUUCUCACUGCUUCUGUAUCCCUUGUCUGCAAAACUUUGAUGAUUCACCGAGAGCGUUGAUCAUCGGCUAAGCAGAAUGCAAUACAAACAAACCACAAUAACGCGUCUUACAUUGUCGCCACACAGUAGGUAGCUCUUCCUGAAUCCUCAACACCGGUCACCUCUUACGCUCUGUUGACUUUGACUGACUUAUACCUGAGAUGAAGCAGUCCUGGAUGCUGGUGAACCUUGACAGGAAUGAGAUGGAAAACAUCUCCUCGCUGGGUCGACGCAUGCUGAAUGGCUCGUGGGACAAUCUCAUUGGAAUGCUCGCCCAGCCAACCGGAAUUAAGUCUGUCCCCGAUCUUCUUUCCAAAAUUGAACAGGACACUACGGCCGACUUCAAAUCGGACAAAGAACGAAAGUCGAAUCCACCUCCUCAGAGGAAUACUCUCGGCCGAUUGGAACUGUUUCCAGAUGAGGUUCUUCUUUGCAUAUUCGAUCACAUUCACAAACAGGAAGACGUCGCAAGCCUGAGCCUCACAAGUCGAUAUGUAUACAACAUCGGCUACGAGGUUUUACAGCGUCGUUACAUGACGGACACAGCAUCGUGGGCUGGAUGUCGUCUUGUAUGUAUUGGAUAUUACGCCGAAUUCAAUGACCUCCCUCCUGGAGUAUUCACCUCACAGGAACUCGACGAAAUGAAAGACCGCCGCCGCGAAACGUGGAACCCGAAGUCGAGAAAAGUCUUCACCCUUCAAGACAGUCUUCUCAAUCGGCCUAAACGGCCUAUGACUACACGAAUGGGCCCUGGGAUCAGCUUAGAUGCCUAUGAUCAUCUCUCCAUGACCUUCUGUGGUGCACAAACAGAUUUAGAGUACCAAAAAGAGCUCAAGUUAGCUCGUACUGGUCUUCCAUAUCUUGGUCGCCCACAGCCAACGUACGCAAGCGACUAUCCCUGGCUUUUAUGCAAUCUCUCCAAACUUCAAUUCAUCCGUCUGGAUGCCAUAACGAGGUUACAUGGUCGCAAGCUUGAUCCGGAUAAAGGCCCUUUCCAACCUGGCCGCUGUAGCUUCGGCCGUGGGUUCUCCAUCGGGAUGUUACUAGUUUCUAGGAUAUGCUGGUCCACCGAUUCUACAGCAUCCCUUGCCUACAAAGGAAAUAUUCAUCGUGGCGUCUGGGUUGGUGACAGGUUUGAGAUUACGACAACAGACCGCAUGCAGACCGCGCGAAGUGGCCAGGAGUGGAGGGAUGUCACAGAUGAAGUCCUCAAUGAGGGAAUUGAGAUAUGGAAAGCGGAGUAUGGGAAGAAUUGGAGAGAAAAGCUGUGAUUUCCUUGCGAGGCUUGUACGUUAGUUUUAUGCUAUGUUCAUCCAACGGUUGACAAUCAAUAAAAGCCCUGAUUAUAUAUAUCAUCUCCAGGCAACAGAAACGGAAAAAAAAAAAUUGACAUGUUAUUGGAGUAGCCUGUUCUGCCAGUCAUCGCUGAAUGCAGCCUUGAUACCCUCAUUCAACAUGGCAUCAUCAGCGAUAUCCUUCCACUCAUGUCCUUUCUGUGUAGGUGCUAUGUAUGAAUUUUGGGACCAUGACCUCGAAAUGAUUGCCUGCCUAACCGCCCUACCAUGGAAAUGGAUGUGGCAGAAAAAGGAUCCGGAGAAUUGGAGGACUAAGAAAUCUUGCAUGUCAAGAAGGUGGCGAUCGGAACGCUGUCGCUAUUGUGGGAUAGCAGACCGCCCUCUCUGUGUUUGCGCAACUACAGUGUCUAUGUAGAUGCAUUCGUUCUUGAAAGAUUGCAGAGUACCCACAACUGGCCCUUGGUUUGCGUCAGU